GCACUUCUAAUACUGGUGAUGAAUGAGAAACAUAUAUUAUAAAGAUGACUUCAUUCUCAGCAUGGAGAGAACUUUUUCCAUCAAGAUUGAGUUUAAUUAUUUUCGUGGUGUAUAUUCUCCUUUUUGUGAAUCAAGGAAUAUUAGUGACUGCAUCACAAAAAUCUGAUAAUCAUUAUGACUAUAACAUAGUCACAGUAGUCUUACUAACUGAAGUUCUCAAGCUUAUAAUAUCCUCUUUUUUAUAUUCCCGAGAAAAUGGAACCAGACAAUUAGUCAUAGAGGUGCUCAGGAACAAAAAUGUACUUAUCCUUUAUUUGAUCCCUGCAUUCUUGUACUGCUUGUACAAUAAUUUGGCAUUCAUAAACUUGUCAUUGUUUGACCCCACAACAUAUUAUUUAUUAUUACAAUUCCGAGUGGUGGUCACUGGUAUUCUAUUCCAGUUUAUAUUCAAGAAGGUUUUGAGCCAAAAGCAAUGGGUUUCCUUGAUAAUCCUGACAGUUGGCUGCAUGCUCAAACAAAUGAACUUCUCCCAAGUUGAUAUCAAAGCAGAGGAAAAUAUGAAAGCAUCAUCAGUUAAGCUGGGAUUAGAUGCAAUUUUCAUAUUUGUUCAGAUUGUUUGCUCAUGCUUAGCAGGAGUCUACAAUGAAUACUUGUUGAAAAAACAAGGUGCUGAUAUCAAUAUUUUUGUACAGAAUGUAUUUAUGUACUUGGACUCCAUAGUCUGCAACUUGAUGCUGUUAUUGAUGAAUGGAAACAUACUGGAUACUUUCACUUAUCAAAACAUCACCAAGGUGUUUCAUUACAAAGUACUAGUUGUAAUGGUGAAUAAUGCUGCUAUAGGAAUUGUCACAAGCUUUUUCCUCAAAACACUCAAUUCUAUACUUAAAACUUUUGCCAGUGCUCUGGAGCUGGUCCUGACGGCCAUUUUGAGCUAUAUUUUCUUCAGCAUUCCAAUCCAUUUGAAUACAGUAUUUGCUAUUGGUACUGUUAUGUUUGCCAUUUGGUUAUAUUCUCAGAACCCAGUACAAAAUCCAGCUCAAAAAACUGUAAAACAUUCUGAACUUGAAGAAAAGGAAAAACUUAUGGAUGUGGAAGAAGUUUGAUAAUUAUUAUCUUCAAGUUUGCAUUAUUAUAGUGAUCAAAGCCAUAACUGAGCAAAUGCUUCAAUACAUUUAUUGACUAAUUCAGAAAAAUCUUGUGAGUUUGUAUGGGCAUAUAUAAGAAUUACUUCAAAAUAGUCAACAGAGCUGUAAAUUUAGUAGAUGAUAAAAAUUAUACUAGUAUUAAAAUAGGUAAUUCAGAGACCUGGGCAUAUUCAUAAAGAUGGCCCUGUAUAUGUGUAAAUAAAAAAAAAACUCUUAAAAGGAGAAUUGUGAUAUAUUUUACUAGUCCUCAUAAUUAUUCAUACUAACUGAAUCAUGGAAAAAAGUUUAUUAGUGUAAAGUAACCACAACUAUAUGACUAUUAUAGUUUAUUUUUUAUCACCAUCCAGGAUUCCAGGAAGUUGAUUAUCACAUAUAGUAUUAACCAACUGAUUAGUGUGGUGAUUUGAAACAAUUCAAUAUUAUUUUAACUGCAAAUCACAUUACAAUUGUAGACACAACUUCAAAGUUUACUUUAUCAAUAAAAUGUUGGAA